AUGUCAAAAGAGAAAAAGAAAGAAGCCGGAUCAGCCUCAGCUAGCAAUGCUCCAAGCAGUCAACCAAAGGAUGAAGCCUACUUACUUAAUAGACCUGGGGAACCAGAAUUCAAAAUGACAGUAACUCCACUAAAAGUGAUAUUUCAAUGUACGCCCGAGAAGAAACCCGUAUGGAGCGAUGUGCGGGUUACAAACCCCACAAAAGAAAAACAAAGUUACAAGGUGAAAUGCACGUCAGCCGAUAUAUUCAGAGUACAACCACCCCUAGGAUUCAUAAAACCUGGUGAGACGGGGACUAUUCGAAUGUGGUUCCAGAACAAAGAAAUCCCCGAAGGUCACCGACAUUACUUUGCAAUUUACCACGUGAAAUGUACGGAAGGAAAGACCGUGAAAGAAAUAUGGACGAAAUCCGUUAAACCUGAUGGAGUGAAACGGAUUGCAGCAGUUUUUGAAAAACUUCCUCCACCUGAAGAGAAGUAG